CUCAUCCGUCAAACUAUCAUUCAUCACAAUGAUACUACUACUAUCCAUAACUCUCCCUAUAAUCUUGAUUUUCUACAUCCUCCACAAAACCAAACCUCGGGCAGUAACCACUCUACCACCUGGCCCGCCGCCUUUGCCAUUGAUUGGAAACAUCCACCAGCUCGGCAGGGCGGCCGAGCCACAUAUUUACCUCCACCACCUCUCGAAGAAAUAUGGCCCCAUCAUCCACAUGAAGCUAGCCACUAGACCUCUCCUAGUAAUAUCCUCAGCCAAAUUAGCCAAACAAGUAUUGAAAACAGAAGAUUUGACAUUUUGCAGUAGACCUAAUUUCCUAGGGCAGCAAAAGCUAUCCUACAACAGCUCCGACGUUGCAUUCACACCGUACAACGAACGAUGGAAGGAGAUACGAAAGAUGUCACACAUUCAUCUAUUAAGCAACAAAAAGGUUCAAUCUUAUCGCCAUGUUCGCGAAGAGGAGAUCUCUCGCAUGAUCACCGAGAUCUCUUCUUCCACCUCCAAAGAAGUGAAUUUGAGCGAGGUGGUCUUGUCCACCGGCAUCCAUAUUCUAUCCCGGAUCACUUUUGGGAAGAGGUACGAGGAGGGAGGGUCGGGAACGAAGAUGAGUGGGAGAGUGAAGAGAGCUGAUGUGAUGUGUAAGGAGAUGGAUUCUUUCUAUCAAGAGCUCAUCGACGAGCACCUCGAAUCGAAGAAGAUGGAGGAGGAGGAAGAAGAUAUGCUUGCUGAGUUGAUGAAGCUGAAAAUCGAUGAUGAGUCUUCUAGUGGUCUCACUUUGGAUAACAUCAAAGCCCUUCUAAUGGUAAGCUUGGUUUUUAAGUGUAGAGAAAGUCACUAUUAACAGCAAUAAAAAAAUUACACUAUAAUUAUAGCAUUAUGGUGAAUACAUAAAAUUAGAGGUGGAGAAAAAUGUCAAAAUACCAAUAAACUGAACUUAUCGUACCAAAAAUAUAGAUAUUCGGUAUGUUAUAUGGCACUCCCUUCGUCAGCCACCAAAUGUCUCAUUUUUUUUGUUUUUCGUCCAUCUGCCAAUAACUCUCUCAUUUCACUUUUACUAUUUUUGGCAAGUGGACU